GGCGGAGCCGCGCCGCUGAGGGGCUGGGCCGGCCGGGAGGCCGCGCUGCGCGGCCGCCAUGCCGAAGGUGGUGUCCCGCUCCGUCGUCUGCUCCGACACCCGCGACCGCGAGGAGUAUGACGAUGGGGAGAAGCCGCUCCACGUGUACUACUGCCUGUGCGGGCAGAUGGUGCUGGUGCUGGACUGCCAGCUGGAGAAGCUGCCGAUGCGGCCGCGGGACCGCGCCCGGGUGAUGGACGCCGCCAAGCACGCGCACAAGUUCUGCAACGCCGAGGAGGAGGAGUGCGUGUUCCUGCGCAGACCAGAAGGCAUCGAGCGGCAGUUCAGGAAGAAGUGCGGCAAGUGUGGACUGCUGCUCUUCUAUCAACACCAACAGAAGAAUGCUCCCGUGACAUUCAUUGUUGAUGGGGCUGUGGUCAAAUUUGGCCAGGGUUUUGGGAAAACAAACAUAUAUACACAGAAGCAAGAACCCCCCAAAAAGGUGAUGAUGACCAAACGGACAAAGGACAUGGGCAAGUUCAGUUCUGUCACAGUGUCGACAAUUGAUGAAGAGGAGGAGGAGAUUGAAGCGAGGGAGAUUGCAGAUUCCUAUGCACAGAAUGCAAAAGUGAUUGAGAAACAGCUGGAACGUAAAGGCAUGAGCAAAAGAAGGCUACAGGAGUUGGCUGAGUUGGAAGCCAAGAAAGCCAAGAUGAAAGGAACCCUGAUUGAUAACCAGUUCAAAUGAACGCUGCACAUCUGCUGGUGUUUGGAGACAGGAGGAGGCUACCAGGAGCUAUCAGAGAUCUGUUAACAAAGCACAGCAGGAGACAACAUUCAAGGGCAACGUGCUGCAUCCAUUUUGGAGGAUGAGUACCUCCGUCAUAAGUUAUACUGCAGUACCAAUUUUCAUCAUUUCAGCAGGACUGGAGACUUUGCUGAAACUGCAGUUAGAGACUCAGCGUUAGAGCAAGUUGUUCCAGGCAGAGUAUUUACUUUUGGGAGAAUCUUUGCUGGAUGCCUUCCUGAGUUCAGUGCACCUUUAGACACCUGUCUUUUUAUUUUGGUAGUUUUCAAAUGUGUAGUAUUUCCAUGAGUGUAUUAGAACAAUAGGUCAACUGUACAACAAAUAAAUUAUGACAAAAGUGA